AUGGCCUGUGCCGUGAAUGCGAACGGGGAGACGAAGCGGCAGCGGACGUCGUACACUCGGUACCAGACCCUGGAACUGGAGAAAGAAUUCCAUUUCAAUCGGUACCUGACACGGAGGAGGCGGAUCGAGAUCGCCCACGCCCUGUGUCUCACGGAGCGCCAGAUCAAGAUCUGGUUCCAGAACCGCCGGAUGAAGUGGAAGAAGGAGCACAAGAUGGCUCAGAUGAGUGCUCUCCACCACCACCACCACCCCGGGAUGGGCCCUCACUUAUCGGACUUGACCGGUGAAGGAAAGUGACUGGUGCAGGAAUACCCCUCUCACUCGGCAUACGCUGCGGGCGCCGCCGGGCCCCAAUGGCCCGGUCCCCCGCAGCACCCGUACGGCGUGUGAAGACGAACUUUCGCGCCGCGAACAACAUCUCGCCGUUUGUGAGCCUUUUGUGCCGGACACGCGCCUCGCCCCGUCGAUGUCAUUGAUAUUCGGCGAGGCUCGUGAGUCGGCACAGGAGAGGGGUAUUCCCACCGUCAUUUAAAAAAAAAAAGAAAGUCACUUUUUUUUGCGUUCGUGUUUCGUCCCUUUGCGAUAUCUCGAGUCAUAGAUGAAAUCUUCUCACCCGGUAUGAGAGUGUGCUCUUUUUUCCCCCUCCCUUUAAAAUUUGAUUUUUUUUCUCUCGAAAAUUUGAUCGUUCUGGGAAGGGGGAAAAAAUUUCCCCCCUCGCGACACUGCUCGUCUUCGGAGUUUCUCUUCGCCAUCGAACCCAUCCGGCCUCUGUUUCUCAUUCCGGAACCGGUUUUUCAUUUUAUGCCACUUAUCCGGUGAAAUCUACCGAGAGUCUCGGUUUAACUAUCAUUACCCGAUCCGGUUGCUCAAGCAAAACUAAGUUCGGAAUCGCGAAUCCCCCCCCGACAGCUGCAAUUUCCACUUCGAUGUUUGCUGGUUUUCCUAUGGAAACGGCGUGAGAGACGAUUUUCGUUCCCUUCCUUCUAAGUGUCGUGCGUCCGUCGAUGUUCCUCUAGAUUCUCCCUCCCUCCGCGUGUGUCUCUCUCUUUAAUUUAUCUCACGACCUGGGAGAGAGAGUACAGCAUGUACAGUAUUAUUUGUAUGGGCACAAGAAUUGCCAUUGUUGUCUUGCCAUCCUUACCAAAACUUGCUCAGUGAUAUGUACCAUGGAAAGAGAGAGAGAGAGAGAGAAAGUGAGAGAGAGAAAGAGAGAGAGAGAGGGAGGCAUAGCAUUAUUACGGAAGAGACUCAAAAGGUAUCGACGUAGAAUUUCCGAGUCAAGUGCUUUAGCUGAGAUAAUCCCUUUCUUAUGCUACUUCGUGCCGAUGUGAUUACGAAGACGGUGACAUUUUGACCAGCUUCCAGAGUUUCCCCUCGAUUCCUUUCGGAUUCUCCUCUUCCAAAAUAAUAAAAAAAAUAAAUAAAUAAAUAGACAGGAAUAUCGUUUGAUUUUCCCCUCGUCUUCGUUCGUCGUGUCGGUCUCUCCUCGAGAUCUUAUAAUGACGUCAUGAUUUCAGAGCACUGUGAUUGAUAGACAUAAUAAUUCUCUUGUUUUUUUUUUGCCUUCUUCUCUGAUGGAAGUGUAUCUUUUUUGGCACAAGUUUGUUUCUUGAUCCGCUGGUGGACUAAGAAAUGGAUCAGGCACUAUAUUGGAAAGAAAAAGAGAAAUCUUGCAUGUGACUUGUAAAUAAAGCGAAGGAUUCACAACCCUCCUAACA